AAGAAUUUCCAGCUGCAAGGCCAGCUGGUGCGUAAUCACUGGGACUUUUACUUUGUUCCCGUGAGACGCACCCAGUUCAUUCACACAAAGAGCCGGCAGCCGUGAUAUGCAUGCGUUGGCGCCGCAGCGUCCGCGCAACGCGCGAUAACCGCAGGCCACUGCCACUGUGCCAAGUCUCCUCGCUCUCACUUCGCUAACUAACGCACGUGCCCGAAGACGCGUCGCGCGCCCUCGUCCCCACGAGUGAUGCCGAUGACGGACUCUAUAAGUUACCAAAAACUGGCAGCUUGCAAAACGUAAUAAGUACGAAAAAUAAAUUGACGUUUGUGCGUCACUGAAAUGGCGCAUCGAGACGUGUUGAUGUAAACAAAAAUUGUGUAAAAACAUAACUCUGGAAGUUUAGUGCUGUUAGGAGUGAAUAAAACAAAUAAAAAAAUUGUGCAAAAUGACGUCGCGUUCGAAGGAAAAAGUAGCAGCUGCGUUUAGGAAGCUGUUUCGGUCUCCGGAGAAACUGGACAAUGAUGGAGCCGGGCCGAGCGGGUCCCCGGCCAGGCGCGGGCUACUACGGCGACACAGAGAUGGUGUGAGUCCAGCAGAAGCGGCCAGCCACCCCGGCAGCCCGUCGCCCGCCGCCCUCAGCAAGAAGGGCGCCGGCGCGAGCGACGUGCGCGAGCGCGCCGCCGCCGCCGCCGCGGUGCGCACGCGACGGCUCAUGAAGGAACUCAAAGAAAUACAGCGGUUACAGGAAAGCCGCUCUGAUCCUUUGUUUACGGUGGAGCUGGUAAACGACAACCUGUUCGAGUGGCACGUGCGGCUGCACCAGAUCGACCCCGAGAGCGAGCUGGCGGCCGACCUGCGCGAGCUGCACAUCCCCAACAUCCUGCUGCACCUGGUCUUCCCCGAGAACUUCCCCUUCGCGCCGCCCUUCAUGCGGGUCAUCGAGCCCAGGAUAGAAAAGGGAUUUGUAAUGGAAGGCGGCGCGAUCUGCAUGGAACUCCUAACGCCGCGCGGCUGGGCGUCAGCCUACACCGUGGAAGCCGUGGUGAUGCAGUUCGCAGCGUCGGUGGUGAAGGGGCAGGGGCGCGUGGCGCGCGCGCCGCCGCGGCCCUCGCGCGAGUUCUCGCGCCGCCGCGCCGAGGAGGCCUUCCGCUCGCUCGUCAAGACCCAUGACAAAUACGGAUGGGUCACGCCGGCGCUGUCCGACGGUUGAGCGCUAUGUCCAAUUUCAAGCUGACUACAGACAGCCGAAAUGCAGAUUAGAUCUCUAUUAGUUAAUUAAUUGGAUAUAAUUUUAAAAGUAUUCUCAUUACUUAGUGCAAUUUUUAAUAAAGCUGUGUCGUUAGAUGACUGUAUAUCCCCUUAGACAAGUUCCCGUGUCGAAGCGAAUACAAUGAUUGAUCAGUGUUUUCAUGCUUCAAUUUAUGUAAUUAAGUAUUAUCCUUAUAGUUAGGUUACGAUAAAUAUAUUGUGAGCGGUGCAAUGUCUUAUUCAAAAUUCCUAAAAAAGCGGUCGAUAUUUUAUUUGUAGAUACCAAGCAAAAUGGAAGGGCAUUACCACACUUAUGGUACCUACCAUCAGGAAAUUGGUGACUUACAGGCCAAUUCGAGUUUUAAUUAUUAGAUCUAUUUCCAAUAUGAUCCUGGUCUGUCAGCGUCAAAAGUCACGUUUUUGGUUGAAGAAAUACCACUUGUGACACUGACAGAUCAGCAUCACAUAGGAAACAGAUCUAAUAACUAAAACUCAAAUUGGCCUGUAGGUGUAGGUAGAUCGAUCAUACAAAUUAAUUAAUCGGCAUUAGAUCAGUGUGGUAACAAUCUAACACUCUUAAAACUUGAGCAGUGCCCUCGAUUAUAAAAUACCGAUUUCAUGUGAUGUAUCUGGCAUUAGGUAUUUAUAUUUUAUUAACGUUUUGAAAUCGCAGAGGGCCACUAUCCUAACACCUGAAAGUCGAUUUUAUAAACGAUUGAAAGAUCACAUGGGCUCGGUGGGUACCUACCAACGUUACGGACCCCUAUCAAAAAUAUCCAAUGAAACUAUUCGUAUUUUACAUAAUCGUAACUUCUUCAGGUCAAAAUGUCACCUGUGUCCAUUAACUACGUCAAAUCUUUUUAGUACCUAUUGUAAGAAUUUUGCAUGUGCCGAUUUACCUGCGUAUCGCUCAAAAAUACUUAUGUAAGUAUAUUAAGCUAGAGUCUAGCUGCUAGACCAACAUACUUUUUACUGUGUGUUUUGUAAAUUGAAAAAAAUGUGCCAAACUACGACUGUAUAUAUAGAUAAUACUGGCGCCUGCAUACAUUUUAAAUCCAGAGAAUUCUUACAGCACGCCUAAUACUUUCAUACUAAUGGUCAUUAUAUUUCUAAAAAGAAAAUUUCACUUCUAUUGUAUCUUAGAAAAACAAAUCUAGUUCGAUGUCUAGCUGUCUGUCCUAGGUAUAAAUUAAAAGUUAAAGACACCAAGAAACUCAAAAUUAUAAUGUUAUAUUAUUUGAUUGGUCAAUCAAGCAAAGCAGUAUAACGUUUUAAAGGAAAUGUUUCCGUCCCAACGUCAUUUAAACACUUGAUAUUGUAGAUAAAUUAGUAUUACUAUUUAAAAUCCAUUCCAGCAGAAAAAAGGAAGAAUUGAGCACUUGCGUGAUGAUUUGUUAUAUUUACCUAUAUCAAACAACAUAUAUUGAAAAAAAUAAGACAUUGAAAAUACAUAUAUUUUGAUUGACGUGAUUCAAAUAAAUAUACGUCCAAAUAUAAUUUUGACAUGUUUUUGCUUAGUUUUAACUAUAGCGAUAUAACCCAUUAUCCUACAUAUUAAUUUCCAAAAAAUGGCAUGACUCAAACUUAACACCAAAAAUAAAACGUCGUUUCUGUAAGCACUAUGAAAGUAUAAUUAUAUUCCUUUAAAUUAUAACGUAAUGUCGCGUAUAACUAUAUUUAUUUAUACACCUACGCUUUGGAUACUAUGAAUUAAUUUACGUCUGUAUUGUAGUUAUUAUUUAAUUAUAUGAGUGGUCAAGUGCUCAAAUUAGUAGAUAUUUUGGAUAAAAAUACUUGAAACGAAAGGCUUGUGGUAACUUAAAAUUUUAUUAUUAAAUUAGAUACAAAUACGCGUAAAUGUAUGUAAUUUAGAAAAUAUUUCUUGAUGUUGUUGAUUUGUUCUGUAAACCAAAGAUGUUUAUUUUUAUGUAAUAUUCCAAUGCAGUGCAAAAUGUGUAUUUAUACCUGGAUUAUAUGUACAAUGUUAUAUGGGUGUAAUAAAUUACAUGCUCAAAAUA